AUGAUUUACUCCCGGAUCACAUCAGAAACCACAAAGCCACUUGGGGUGCCGGCACGACGAUGGUACUGCGACAAGGCUCAUUUCCUCGCCCUGCUCGGCUGCUACAUAUGCUUCAUUCUCUCAAUCCUUGCGAUCCAACCCUCGAUCGGACCUGCGUGGAGUCUGUCUUGGAAACUGGGAUUAACUAACCAGCUGGUUGUCAUAGGCUUGCUGUUGAGUUUGAUGAACGAGUGCACCAGUGUCCUUGCGGCUACCCUUUUCCUCAUUGUCGAGACCCGACGAAAAAACCCGACGCUGCAAAACUAUGAAGCUAUUAUCAAGAAGAGCAUUUUUUUGGAUAAGAUGGAUAUGCGCUGGCGCACAUCCUUCCUCCUCCUCACCCUCCUUCCUCUAGGCCUCAGUGUCGCAUACAAAAGGCUCAUCGGAGGAAGCAGCACGAUUGAGGCUCAAACCGAGUUUCCACGCUACUACGGCCUCGUACCGCUUCCCCUGGGAACGUUUAACGUGAUGAAUAACUCGAUCUAUUACAUGAUCAACUCCAGCGUUCCUUACAUAGCAGCAUCCUUCAGCGCUCGUUCAGGCCCGAAAUUCCCGGAAGCUUACGGGUUUAACACGGUUCUUCUCGACAGUACGUCCACAGCGUUUCUGGACUUGCCUUCUCCAGACUUUCUAUCAUCCGUUCAGCAGAACUUGACUGAAGGUGGCUCCUGGAGCAUAUCAGCCUCAGUGGACGGAACAGUCGCUCGAUAUAACGCGUCUACAUCUUCUUACAGAGACGAUGAUGGGUUCUGGACGACUGCGUUCAACCACUCCGCUAACCCUGAUGGGCUGUCUACGAUUUCACUCUACAAUGGCUUCCAAAUUGGGUUGAUAAAUGGCCUACACAGCGAGUACCCGGGCCCGUAUUGUCUGCUGGGCUUCUUCAGGGGAGAUUCAUACGGGUUGAACAUCUACGGUAGUCCCGACGAAGACAUUAGCCGUGCGUUCAGGAGAGAUGCCCAUAAGUUCGAGAUCCAGCGAGAGCGGUGUCAGGGACGGUGGACAGUGACACCCAGCAGCAUUCAACUGGUCGAUGGCAGCUGUACGGGUGAAAGAACCAAGCAAGAUGUUUUCAAUAAUAGCACGCCGUAUUACGCCGACGUGCUGCCUAUUUUGGCUCAGUGGCUGAUCCGGUACUCUCCUGCGGAGUCCCAGAGCAACUCACCAUGGCAAAUCCCUUCUUUCACGACCUCCGUUGCGAGCAUGUUCUGGGCUCGCAUGAUCUAUAUGAAUCCGACUAAUGACUUGUACCCCGAAAUGUACUACCCGCCAGCCGAUGAAACCCUGUGGUCAACAAAGUUAGGCCUCAAGGCGGGUUGGAUCUUGUACCUCACGCUCUCCAUCCAUCCAAUCCUCUGCACGCUGAUUCUGAUUUCAAUAUGUGUCUGCUACAAAACACCAAUCGGAACGGGGUUCGGCUUAGUCUCUGUUUUAUCAAGCGUCCGAAAAGAUAGUCUCGAUCAGUUGCAGGGCGCGGGCUUGUCGGGGACCCUCACGAGGACGGUCCCUAUGCGGAUCACUAUCCAGGACUCGCACCAUGGUCCGAAAAUCCGGUGUUGCUUGGGGGACGAGUAUGAGGGCAAGGCCGAGUUGGACAUAAAAGAGACAUACUUUUAA